AUGCAGGCCAUCAGUUACAAUGAGCGAUUUUUCAUCGACAAUUAUUCCACUAUGGACGAGGACGAUGAGCUGUAUCUGAGCUAUGACUGGUCAUCAGACGCAAUGUCUAUCAAAAGCGCCGGAAGUGACUCAAGUCGAUCCAAUGAUUUUGAUCAGAACGGCGAGCGACUAUCGUUGGCAUAUGAACAAUUGUCUCAGAUCCCGCGCAAAAUUGCCGAGAAGUUCUCCCGCACGACGACUAUCUUGGACUUGAGCUACAACGAGAUCAGAGACUUAUCCUUCUUGACACACUUCCGGCAGCUGAACACGCUCAUCUUGGAUAAAAACGUACAGCCGGACGAGCGGACAUUACCUACACUUCCCAACCUGGAGCUGCUAUGGCUCAACCACUGUGAUAUCAAUAACCUACAGAACUGGAUCUACCGGAUCCGAGAAUGUUGUCCAUCGCUUAAGUACCUAUCGCUGAUGGGUAACCCGGGUGCAACCUCCUCCUUCAACGGUAACUCUACCCUAGAGCACAACGACUACCGGCUGUUCGUGAUCAGUAUUCUGCCACAGUUACGCUACCUGGACGAUAGCGAAGUGACACCAGCUCAGCGAACGCAGGCGAAAAAUUUUAAACAAAGCUACAACCUUAAUCAAGGACCGUACAACAUCUUCGAGACAGUGGGCCGUCGCCAGCAGCCAGUACUUCUAGCAAGUGGGCUUGCUCCUGCAACGGAAACCCCUACACCUUCGACGACGGCCACAACGGCUCUGACAACGACCAAAUCAGUUCCGAAAAUUUCGAAUCCACAGAAGAAGCAUCGAAAACGUCGUAGCGGCGGCACACAGUCGGAGAAUUCGUAA